AUGAAUCCUGCUAGCACGGUGACUGACUCUAAUAUGGCCUUCUCGGCACUGGUUGCGAAGGGUCCUAGGAACUCAGGAACCAAUGCAGACCUUUCAAAUACCAAAGACGAUGGCGCUUGCCAGGAAACAAGGCUCGUGUGUACGCAGCGCCCAGAGUACAAAAAGCUCUCCCCGCCUAUUCCCCCAAAAGUCGAUAGAGUCGCAACUGUGAACCCGACACACAAGGCACAACUUCUGAGCCGGACUGAGCCAGGCGUGCGGAGGCAAUCGGCAAAGCCUACCGACAAAUCAACACUGAGAGUUAACGCCGGCAUCGAGGAACGCUGCGAAAACCCUACAACUACUGAGAAAGUGAAACUGCCAACCUCCAGCUCCAUUCCGGCAAACGUGGCUUGUUUGAUUGUGAACACAGUCGUCCGCCAAAACCUCAACAGCGAAAGCCAAAAGCCUGAGAGUAUCGAACCAAAAAAUCUUUCGUGCGUAUUGUUGACCUCGCUUAUCGCGGGCGACUCAGAGGUCCACACAAACACAAGAGAAAGGCGAUCACAUUCAAACGAACCGCAUAAAAUUUGCCAAAUCAGAAAACUGCCUGCCAGCACCAUGCUUGAUGCACGAUUGCUCUUUUCGUUACUAAGUUUGGUAGAAGGAGCCUUGAGUAACUCGUAG